GACGCCGAUUUGCUCCGAUCUACAGUAGUUCCAGCAAAAGUUUUCGAGAAAACGCUUCGUCUGGGGUAACGACGAAAACAGCGCACCAAUCAUUUCGCUCAUUUAAUCGACUUACAAGAUUAGGUUAAUCACCACCCAUCACCAUCACCAUCACCAUCACAUUAUCAUACGUUGAGCGCAUCGCCAAUUCGGAUCUCGUAGAUACCUAUAUAGGCACCUACCUAUAUCUUAGAAUCCAAGCGACUACAGUUAGCCCAAGGAUUUCUGAAAGAAGAAGAGAAAAAGGAGAAGCGAAUAUGGCUUCCAACAAUGUCCUCACAGAAGUGACUCUGACGUCACUCCCCAAGCUCGCCACGGGCAAGGUCCGCGACCUAUACACCGUCGACGACAACACCCUGCUAUUCGUAACCACGGACCGCAUCUCCGCCUACGACGUCGUCAUGAAGAACGGCGUGCCCAACAAAGGCGCCCUGCUAACCCUGCAGUCCGUCCACUGGUUCAACGUCCUGUCGGAAAAAGUCCCCGGCCUAAAAACACACUUCCUCACCACCGACGUCCCCCCCGCCGUCACCCCCGAGGAAGCCCAAGUCAUCCGCAACCGCAGCAUGCAGGUCCGCAAGCUCACGGUUUUCCCCAUCGAGGCCAUCGUCCGCGGCUACCUCACCGGCAGCGCCUGGAAGGAAUACAAAGCCCACGGCUCCGUGCACGGGACCCCCCUGCCCCCCGGCCUGCGCGAGUGCGACGCCAUCCCCGGCGGACCCAUAUACACGCCGAGCACCAAGGCGCCGCUGGGCCAGCACGACGAGAACAUCUCGCGGGAACAAGCCGCGGCGAUCGUCGGCGAGAAAUACGCCUCGCGGAUCGAGGACCUCGCGCUGAGGAUCUUCCGCGCGGGCCAGGAGUACGCGGCGGAGCGGGGCAUCAUCAUCGCCGACACCAAGUUCGAGUUUGGGCUGGACUCGGCCGCGGACGAGGUCGUGCUCGUCGACGAGGUGCUGACGUCGGACUCGUCGCGCAUGUGGCCCAAGGACAAGUACGAGCCGGGCCGCGACCAGGAGAGCCUCGACAAGCAGUUCUUGCGGAACUGGCUUACGGAGAACGGGCUCAAGGGGAAGGACGGCGUCGAGGUGCCGGAGGAUGUGCUCAAGGCGACUGGGGAGAGGUACGCGGAGGUGUUUAGGAGGUUGACGGGGAAGACGCUUGAGGAGGCUUUGCGGAGAUGAGUUAUGCUUGGGCAGAUAUGAGAUCAAAAAUCUAAGGCGCGAGAUACGCAACAGAAGUAACCCAGAUAUUUCUCGGGCGUUUAGGCAGUGAGUAAUAACUACCUAACCUAUCUUUUAUUGAUGUUAAAAUGUGAG